CCACGGACCAAGCUCCCUGCUCCCUGCUCGCUGCGGUGUGCUGACAAGGUCAAAUUCUCUCCCUCCGACCCCUCAACUGGCUCUUUCCUCCUCCCCUCCCUCUCUCUUUCCCUCUUCUCUUCUCCCAUCUCCGCCAUCCCCUUCCUCUCUGCACUCCAUUCUCAAGUUUUAAGAGUUUGAGGCAGGCCAAGGAAGCGGUCUUGCUUGUUUGCCCUGCUGCCCCUCAUCAGAUCCUCGAUAACCCCUCCCCCGCAUCAAGAUGGUUCAAUCGUCCGUCCUGGGCUUCCCCCGUAUGGGAGCCCUUCGGGACCUCAAGAAGGCCAACGAGGCCUACUGGGCCGACAAGCUCUCGCAGGCUGACCUCCUCGCCGAGGGCAAGCGGCUGCGCCUGGCCCACUGGAAGAUCCAGAAGGACGCCGGUGUUGACAUUAUCCCCUCCAACGACUUUUCGUUCUACGACCACGUCCUUGACCACAUCCAGCUUUUCAAUGCUGUCCCCGAACGGUACACCUCGCAGAAGCUGUCCCCGCUCGAUGAGUACUUUGCCAUGGGCCGUGGCCACCAAAAGGGCGGCGUGGAUGUCCCGGCCCUCGAGAUGGUCAAGUGGUUCGACUCAAACUACCACUAUGUCAAGCCCACCCUCCAGGAUAACCAGACCUUCUCCCUUGCUGAGGACCCCAAGCCCGUGCGGGAGUUCCUCGAGGCCAAGGAGGCAGGCUUCCAGACCCGGCCCGUCCUCCUCGGCCCCGUCUCCUUCCUUGCUCUCGGCAAGGCCGACCGUGGCUCCUCCGUCGACCCCAUCACCCUUCUUGACAAGCUCGUGCCCGUCUACGUCCAGCUCCUGAAGGCCCUCAAGGCCGCUGGUGCGGAGUCGGUGCAAAUCGACGAGCCUGUCCUCGUGUUCGAUCUCCGCCCCGAGGUCAAGAGCGCCUUCAAGCCCGCCUACGAGGCUUUCGCCGCUGAGGGCAGCGCCAUUCCAUCCCUCGUUGUUGCCACCUACUUCGGCGACAUCGUCCACAACUUUGACGUCCUCCCGGCAUUUAGCCAGGUCCAGGGCCUCCACGUCGACCUUGUCCGGAAUCCCGAGCAGCUUGAGCCCGUCCUCAAGCAGCUCGGCCCCUCCCAGAUCCUCUCUGCCGGUGUCGUCGACGGCAGGAACAUCUGGAAGAACAACUUCCAGAAGUCCCUCAACCUGCUCCAGACUGCCGUCAAGGCCCUCGGCCCCGAGCGCGUCAUUGUUGCUACCUCUAGCUCCCUCCUCCACACUCCCCACACUCUCGCCAGCGAGAAGAAGCUCCCGGCCGAUGUCUACGAGUGGUUCUCCUUCGCUUGCGAGAAGGUUAAGGAGGUUGCCAUCCUCGCCAAGGCCGUGACGGCUCCCGAGACCGUCCGUGCUGAGCUGGAUGCCAACGCUGCCGCCAUGAAGGCGCGUGCCGAGUCGACCCGCACCAACGAUCCCAAGGUCAAGGAGCGCCAGGCUCAAGUGACCGACGCGAUGCACCACCGCAAGUCUGCUUUCGAGACUCGCUAUGCGCAGCAGAGGAAGCACCUCAACCUCCCGCUGUUCCCGACCACCACCAUCGGCUCCUUCCCCCAGACCAGCGAGAUUCGCGUCCAGCGGAACAAGUUCACCAAGGGUGAGAUUACCGAGCAGGAGUACGAUGACUUCAUCAAGAAGGAGAUCGACCUUGCCAUCCAGAUCCAGGAUGAGCUCGGCCUCGACGUCUAUGUCCACGGUGAGCCUGAGCGUAACGACAUGGUUCAGUACUUUGGCGAGCGCCUCCAGGGCUACGUGUUCACUACCCACGCCUGGGUCCAGUCCUACGGCUCCCGCUGCGUCCGUCCCCCCAUCAUUGUCGGCGACAUCUCUCGCCCGGCUCCCAUGACCGUCAAGGAGUCCAAGUAUGCUGCUUCGGUCUCCAAGAAGCCCAUGAAGGGCAUGCUUACUGGUCCUGUCACCUGCUUGCGGUGGUCUUUCCCCCGUGACGAUGUCCACCAGUCGGUUCAGUGCCAGCAGCUUGCUCUGGCCCUCCGUGACGAGGUCAUCGACCUGGAGAAGAACGGCAUCUUCGUCAUACAGGUCGAUGAGCCCGCUCUUCGUGAGGGUCUCCCUCUCCGCAAGGGCCCCGAGCGUGACGCCUAUCUCAAGUGGGCCGUCAACAGCUUCAAGCUGGCCACCGCCGGCGUCGAGGACUCGACUCAGAUCCACUCGCACUUCUGCUACUCGGAGUUCCAGGACUUCUUCCACGCCAUCGCUGCGCUGGAUGCCGAUGUUCUCUCGAUUGAGAACUCGAAGUCCGACGCCAAGCUCCUCAAGGUCUUCAUUGACGAGGCAUACCCGCGCCACAUUGGCCCUGGUGUCUAUGAUAUCCACAGCCCCCGUGUUCCUCCUGAGUCGGAGUUCAAGCAGCGCAUCCAGGAGAUGCUCCAGUAUCUCCGCCCUGAGCAGCUCUGGAUUAACCCCGACUGCGGUCUCAAGACCCGCAAGUGGGAUGAGGUCAAGGGUGCUCUCACCCACAUGGUCAACGCUGCCAAGUACUUCCGUGAGCAGUACUCGAAGGCUUAAUUGCCUCAACAGCUUGCACAAGGGUGUCGUGGCUUGACGGUGCCGUAUGCU